GGGGCCGGCGGCGGCCGGGCGGCGGCGCUUAGGCUCGGCGGGCCGGCGGGGCGCCGGCGGCGCCGCCAUGAACGCCGCGGUGGUGAAGCGGACGCAGGAGGCUCUGGGGAAGGUGAUCCGGAGGCCGCCGCUGACGGAGAAGCUGCUGAACAAGCCCCCGUUCCGCUACCUGCACGACAUCAUCACGGAGGUGAUUAGGAUGACUGGUUUCAUGAAGGGCCUCUACACGGACGCUGAGAUGAAGUCUGAUAAUGUUAAGGAUAAAGAUGCAAAAAUUAGCUUCCUGCAGAAGGCCAUAGACGUGGUGGUCUUGGUUUCAGGAGAGCCACUGUCGGCAAAACCAGCGCGCAUCGUGGCUGGGCACGAGCCCGAACGCACAAAUGAGCUGCUCCAGAGGAUUGGAAAGUGCUGUCUCAGCAAGCUCUCCAGUGACGACGCGGUGAAGAGAGUGUUGGCUGGAGAGAAGGUGGAUAUGAAGGGGAGGACCUCGCUGACAUCGAAAUCUCAAGAAUGGGACAAUAAGAACACGAGAGAAGAGCCCAAAGUUCAUAAAGAUAAAGAGGAUAGAAGAAACUCUGAAAUAAAUGAGAGAAGUACAAGCAGAGAUCGGAAACAGAAAGAAGAAUUGAAAGAAGAAGGCAAACCAAGAGAAAAGGAAAGAGACAAGGAGAAGACCAAGGAGAAUGACCGCGAUAGACAUAAAGAUGCCGAGAGAGACAAGUACCGAGAGGGAGAGAGAGAGAAAACCAAGGCCAGGACCAAGUCAGAGAGAGACCGAGACAGAGACAGAGGCAACAGAGACCGGGACAAAGAUGGGGACCGCGAGAGAGAGAGGAAGAACGAGGGAGGAAGGGAAAAGGAGAGAUGGAGAGACCGGGAGAGAGAGCGCGAGCGAGACAAGGGCAGGGACAGGGACAAGGACAAGGACAGGCGGAGGGUGAGAAACGAGGAGCCUUCCAGGGACCCCGACAGGGAAAAGAGCAGAGAGCAUGAUAAACCGGAGAAAAAGUCAUCAAGUUCAAGGGAGGUGUCUAAAAAGUUGACAGAUGGCUCUUUUAAAGACUCCAAAGCUGAAACAGAGACUGAUAUUUCCACUAGAGUAUCCAAGACAGUGACAACAAAGACAUCAAAGCGGCGAUCCAAAAAUUCAGUGGAAGGAAGAAAGGAAGAUAAUAUUUCAGCUAAAAUUUUAGACCCCAUAGUGUCUGGAUUAAAUAAUGAACCAGAUCAGGAAACUACAACUUCAGAAAUAGGAACAAAAGAAGCUAAUACUAACUCAGCUAGUGUUUCAGAUGACAAUUCAACUAGUCUGUGGCGUGACAGCAUUGAGCCAGAACCCGCAGUGAAGCAGAAAGGCGACUCUCCUAGUGAUGCAGAAGGAGAACUCGGACCUUCUGGCCAAGACAAGUCUGAGGUGUCCGAGAAUCCCGAGGUCCCUAACGAGCCCUCAUCCAGCCUCAGAAGAAUGCCUCGGCCUGGGAGUGCGAGACCAGCGCCCCCCCGAGUGAAACGACAGGAGAGCGUGGAGGUGCUCACGACAGACAGGACAGGGAGUGGUAAAACCGUCUCAAAUGUGAUUAUAGAUUCGCAGAAUUCUGACAAUGAGGAAGAUGAUCAGUUUGUGGUGGAGGCUGCCCCCCAGCUCUCUGAGAUGUCAGAACUUGAAAUGGUACAAGCGGUGGAGGUGGAGGAAGAUGAGAAGCACGGAGGACUUGUCAAAAAAAUUCUGGAGACGAAGAAAGAUUAUGAGAAGUUGCAGCAGCCACCCAAACCUGGAGAGAAGGAGAAAUUGCUUGUCUUUGAGUCGGCGUGGAAGAAGGAGAAGGACGUUGUUGCCAAGGAGAUAGAGAAGCUGCGUGCGUCCAUCCAGACCCUGUGCAAGAGUGCGCUCCCCCUGGGGAAGAUCAUGGACUACAUCCAGGAGGACGUGGACGCCAUGCAGAACGAGCUGCAGCUGUGGCACAGCGAGAACAAGCAGCACGCCGAGGCCCUGCAGAAGGAGCAGAGCGUCACAGACUGCGCUGUGGAGCCCCUGAAGGCGGAGCUGGCGGAGCUGGAGCAGUUGAUCAGAGACCAGCAGGACAAGAUCUGUGCCGUGAAGGCCGCCAUCCUGAGGAACGAAGAGAAGAUCCAGAGGAUGGUGCGCAGCGUCACUCUGAGUUCCAGGCGGUGAGCGCUCGCAAGUCUCAGACUGAAGUCCUCCUCAGCUUGAAAACAGGAAGGAAGACGGAGCAUCGCUACUCUUGACGCUUCAGUUUGCAAACAACGGACAGUUUACAAUGUUGUCCAACUAAUUUCCAGAGCUUUAAAACUUUAGGCGCAUUCACUGUAUAAAGACCGUGUUUUCUUACCUUCUUCCAGCUAGAGUACUUGCUAGUUAUAAAUAGCUCUUCAAAACGCCCGUGUGCGGACUUUCUUUGGAAGCCUGUCGUGUGUGUCUCUGCAGGAGCCCGCUUUGUUGAGUUCUGAGCAGACCUGUCCAGCAGGGGAGUGGCGUUGGCACGCCAGGGCCACAGGAGUCCUUGGGUUCAGUCUUUAUGUCUGGUGGCAGGACCUGUGUGCGUCAAGCCUGAGUGAAGGGAGACUGAACUUUUGAUAGGCACUUUUUAAACAGAUGAGGCCUGAGAAUGAAUGAAUUCAUUUUUACCUCAUUUCCACUUGAAAAGGGUUAAUUUAGCCCGUGUCUUUAUAAGGUACGUGUGAACUUUUUUUAACGUCUUUGUAAUUGCAUAUACUUCUUUGGGUAAUUUUCUUCUUGGUCCCUAUUAUCUUUUGCUUGUGUUUCUACUGUUAGAAAAGGAGGUUUCAGUGUGACCUUCAUGCACGUCGUCUGCCCAUGAGAUUGUCACGGGCUGUAUCCUCACUUUCUUCAGCGUUUUGUCCCUUGGUUUCCCCACGUGAAUACUCGAGUAGCUCCACAGGGCUCCUUGUUCUCUUUAAAGAGGGGCUUGCUCUCCAGGGCUUGGGCACCACUCCCUUGCCUUCGCCUGCUCUCGAGCCCUGUGUGCCUGGGAGAGUCAGCGCAGGGAAGAUGCAGAAGACGACCGACAAGGAUGCGCUAAUGUGCAAAGUGUUUUUGCUGUUACCGUUUUUUGGAAAUUGUUUUUUAAAAGCAAAAGUUUUUUUAAAACAUGGUUUAUAUUUAGUUUUUCAUUUACAUAUAAUAUUGUACAUACUGAAUACUUCUACUUGUGUAUAAAGGAUCUCACUGUUUGGGGACAUACUUACGGGUCUGAAGGUCUGGGUUCUGAUACUUUUAUUUCUAGAUAUUGUAUUUAUUAUGUAAACCAAGGAAUGCCAUUUGAAAUGUUAGAAUGGCCUGAGAAAGUUUUGUUUCUCUAAAUGAGUAGCGCAGAUGGCACAGUUAAGCUUUUCUUAAUGUAAUUUCCAAAAUAAGUUCUUUACUAAGUUAGUUCUAUGAUUUUCUAAGCUGAGUAAGUUCCAGAUCAGAUUGUUGAGAUCUGCCAUUUGAGACGUCGGUCCUUUUCUCCUUUCUGUGGUGCACCAUGCAAUUCUGUGGAUCAGGUUAUACUAAGUACGUUAUUGGAGAAGGUGGGGCGUGUUAGUUAACUGGUCCUUCCUGUACUUAUAAUCUCUGUUCUGCUGAGUCGAAUGGCUUAGCCACAACCCUGAAUGGACCCUGUUUUGCUUCAAGUUAAGAUGUCUGCCUUUUAUGAAUUUGUAUAUUUGACUAGAAUUUUUGUGUUGCAAAAAAUUGCAUACAUUAUAUGUGAGUAAAAUUUUGUAUAAAGUAGUCUGUUAAAUUGUAUCAAAAAAUUUAUUUUUCUUUUAUACAUAAAUCAUUAAAAAUAAUCACAUUUUUUUUUAUAAGUGUAUGGGUUGUGCAAUUCAGUUCACACCUGGAAAAAAAUUCAUAAGCAUUUGGAUUUUUAAGUUUUCAAAUGUGUGUGUUUUGUUUUUCUUCGAAGAAAGUUCAGGGAAAUUUAUCUUUUCAUUCAUAUUGUGACACUUAUCCCUUUUCAGUAUAAAUUGAAGUUUUAUAAGACAGGUAAGCACUUAGCAGAAAUUCUAAGAUCAUUUGUGAAGUUAGAGAAAGCCUCUGCAUGUGAUUAUUACUGUAUCUUAUCAACGAAUUAAAUCCUGAUGUUAUUUAUUAUUUUGAUAAAA